UUUACUUUAAUAAGAGAGAGGGAGAGAGAGAGAGAAUGGGAGUGUGAGAGGGAAAGAGAAGACAAAUAAAGCUUUCCAUCAAUCAACGGCAAAGCCUGCAAAAAUCAAUUUUUACCUGCCCCCCCUCUCCCCUUCAGUUAAUUGUGGGUGGGUGGUUUCCCUUUUCUUGGAUCUCUGCAAUUAUAUAUAUACAUAAAUAGAGAUAUGGGUAUGUCACUAAAACCCCCAAUCCAAGGUUUUACUGUUUCCACUUUUUGCUUCUUGUUCACUGGUUCUUCGUGAUGGGUAAUGUUAGUGGGAGGAAGGAUGAGGCUGGUCCCUCUGGAAUUACCAGCAGCACUGCUGAUGAAGAGGGUGAAGAGUACAUGGAGUAUGCACAUGGUGGUCCUUUAACAGACUCCAUGGUUCAGUCCCCUCCUCAUAGCCCUAGGCCUUACUGCUCUCCUUUCAUAUUCGCUCCUCAGGUCCCCAUCAAUCCUUUACAGAGACCCAAUGCGAUGAUGCCAAUACAUAGUAACUCAGCGGCCCAAUAUUCAACUCGGAUCGAUUAUUCAGGGACGGGGAUACCCACGAUGAUUACGUGGAGUUUUGGUGGAAAGCAAGUGGCCAUUGAGGGAUCAUGGGAUAAUUGGGGGACGAGAGAUUUCCUACAAAAAUCAGGCAAGGACUUCACAAUUAUGAAAGUGCUCCCAUCAGGUGUUUACCAUUACCGUUUUAUCGUUGACGGACAAUGGAGGUACUCUCCGGAGUUGCCACAGGAGCGUGAUGAAUUGGGGAAUAUCUUUCAUGUUCUUGAUCUACAGGAUUCUGUUCCCGAAGUCCGUAAUGAUGUAUCUGGAUCUGAAUCUCCUUCUUCCCCUAUUUCAAGCUAUGAUAACUCACCGUUCACUUUGGAAGAUUUUAACGAAAAAUUGCCUGAAUUACCUCCACUACUGCAACAAUCACCACUAGAUCACCCAUCAUCCAUCAGUGGCAAUCCUGAGUCUCUGGAGAAGCCAUUAAACGCAUUGUUGAACCAUUUGUACAUUCAGAAAGGCCGUACGGGCCAAUCUUUGGUGGCACUUAGUUCCACUCACCGGUUUCGAACAAAGUACGUUACUGCAGUCCUUUACAAGCCUCUGAAGAAGGUUAAAAAAUGAAUACUUGUACCCGAUACUUGUGGAGUAAAAAUUACAGAUGUGUUAUUAUUAGGAAAUCAGUUAUGACGAUGCCAUUGAUGUGUUAGAAAAGAAGGGCUCAUGUAGGAAAAAGUAGGAUUUUCGCUAUUCAAACCUGUUUAUGGGGAUUCACAUUCAUUUUGGGUAUGAUAAUUUACUCCUUGCUGCAGUGAGAUUUUAUUGUACUGACUUCACUGUGGAACAGAAAUUUGAAUGUGCAAAGUAUUGAUUCAUGCUGAUAA